AUGGAUCUUGUUGAAGAAGAUGUUAAUGUAAUCACACUGAGUGAAGAUCAAGUUGGUGAUGAUAUGUUGAUGAAGCAAGUGGAAUCAAGGAUGACGAAGAUAUCUACAGUCAACGAUAAGAUUAAUGAAAA